AUGAUAGACAAUAUGACAUCAGCAAUACCGAACGCAUCAACCCCCAACAAAUCCGAUAAACCUUGACUUAUAAUUUAUCGGUGCUCUAUUCUUCACGACGGUCAUUCCAGCACCUUAAUGCCAGUAACUUCAGGAACAAUUCAUCCCUCAUUGCCUGUAAAUUGAACUGCAUUCAGUGAACUCGACUAACAACUCGACAUGACGGAUCAGUUCGACCCUGAGCACCGGAUUCCCAUCCAGGAACAACAGUUCCCCGGAAAGGAGGGCCAGCUGCCCGAUCCCAAGCCCGAGAUUGACCACAUCCCUACAGCUGACGGGGGCUCCAAGCCAUACCAGGCCGCCGGCAAGCUCAAAGAUAGGAAGGCCAUCAUCACGGGAGGAGACUCGGGAAUCGGGAGGGCAUCAGCGGUCCUCUUCGCCAUGGAGGGAGCCGACGUGUUGAUCGCAUACCUCCCAGAAGAAGAGGAAGACGCUCAGGUGACCAAGAAGCACGUUGAGAAGCACGGCCGGGAGUGCCACUUGUUGCCGUUAGAUCUUACCGAUAGGGCCAAUUGCCAAAAGGUCAUCGAUGUUGCCCUGGAAAAGCUAGGGCGUAUUGACAUCCUUUUCAACAACGCCGCGUACCAGAUGAUGACGGAUGACAUCACCAACCUCUCAGAGGAACAAUGGCUUCAUACUUUCAACACCAACAUCCACCCGUACUAUUAUCUCGCCAAGUACGCGCUGCCGCACAUGAAAGGCGGCAGCACCAUCAUCAACAACGCCAGCAUCAACGCCUACAUCGGACGGCCGGAUCUGCUCGACUAUACUUCCACCAAGGGAGCCAUCAUCUCAUUCACACGCGGCCUCAGCAACCAGUACGUGGGGAAGGGCAUCCGGGUCAACGCGUUGGCGCCGGGUCCCGUGUGGACGCCCCUUAUCCCGUCCACCAUGUCGGAGGAAGCACAGAAGCAAUUCACGAGCCCCAUGGGCCGGCCGAUGCAGCCGUCCGAAAUCGCGACGUGCGCCGUCUUCCUGGCGUCGACGGACAGUUCGGCUCUCAGCGGGCAGGUGAUCCACUGCAACGGCGGCGUUAUCGUCAACGGGUAAAGCGUGUGUAAUGGCCGGUAUGGCGGGGCUGGCGCCGUGAGUGGCACCAACCUUAUUGUAAGCUGUAAGAAACGACGGAACAUAUAAUUUGGGAUGCAAAGGGAUGCGGAAUACGGUAAUGCGGAACAUGGACGUGGCUCCUCCCUAGAGAUGGCCGAGGUCGUUCAAUUUGCUACGGUCACCUAACCGAAUAAGUAGUUGGCAAUACAUCUCGG